CGUAUACGACGAAGGCGGGGCCAGGAGAGUUGGGUCAGGAAGUCGGGCUUUGUGGCCAUAGCUCACUGUUUUAGUAAACACGAUGGAGCGGGGCGCUUAUGGUCAUCGGUACGCGAACUCUCGGGCUCCGGCUACUACCAGAGCAGCACGCCUUCCUCCGUGCAGGCAUUUUCUAAAUGGGGCUUGCCCAUUUGGUCAAAACUGUCGCCAUUCUCAUGAGCUUCCAGCAUGGAAGUCCUCUCAGGUUUGCAGAUAUUUCCAGAGAGGAGGAUGCUGGUUUGGUGACCGCUGCAGAUAUGAACAUGUCCUCCAAACUGAUGGAAGUUUUCUGGAUAGCAGACGACGGUCUGCACCUGUUAUCCACCCUGUUUUGAGUGGAGAAGCAGCAGAGACCCGUCGUGGCUCAGAGCCAUCCAUUCAGCAAGUACAUGGUGCCUAUGCUGGGAGUCGCCGUGUGUCCGAACCUGCCGUUGCAAGCCUGCAGAGAAACUUUGAGCGCUUAAGCACAGAAUAUGAAGAAGAACCUACAGUGGCUGAGUUUGUCCCAAGGAUACAGCAGCCAAAACUGGAAAUUCUGAGUGCUCGGUCAACACUGCGGGUCCAGAAUGCAACUUCCCAAAGCCACACCCGGGCAAAAUCCACAUCUGCCCAUGUCCCUUAUAAUCCUGUUGGGAACAUCACAGAGGAGAAUGAAGAUUUGAAUGGCUUACAUGCUUCUAAGCAGGGAGAAAACAUUGAUACCGCUGGGUCCCAGUGCAGAACACAGAAUGUAUGUGUGACAGCAGCAGAAGCCUAUGAGAGGAGUAAAGAUGUGACCUGUGGCAUUUGUAUGGAUAAAGUUUAUGAAAAACCUGCACCUGAUGACCGUUGCUUUGGCAUUCUUCCCAACUGUAAUCAUGCCUUCUGUCUGAGCUGUAUUGUGACAUGGAGAAAGACCAAAGACUUCCAGGCUGAAGUCAUAAAGUCCUGUCCUCAGUGUCGCGUGAAGUCUACUUACUACAUUCCAUACAAGUACUGGGUCAGUGAUCCAGACCAGAAGCAAACUCUGAUAAAUAAUUUCAAGGAGAGGUCUGGGAAAAUAAAAUGCAAGUUUUUCACUCGCCAUGGUUGCUGUCCUUUUAAGUCGGAGUGCAUAUAUCUACAUGAGAUGCCCCAGGGUCACAGGCGCAGGCGGAGGCGAAGAUCUACAACCCAGGCCCGGCGACUAAGCUCGGAUGAUUCGGACAGUGAGGGUUUCAACAUUUUGCAGUAUGCCAUUGCACUUGCUCUAUUACAUGAGGUUGAUGAUGACCUUCUGGAGGACUAUUUCCAUCGGCGUUAUUUUCAACUGUUUCUUGAUGAUGACUUUGAUUCUGACUGAGCCUAUAAUAAAAACAUCUAAGCAGUGACCUCUGCUGCCAUUUCUAUCAAGUUGUAAGUUGCACAAUACUAAUGCCUAAUUGUAUUAGGGGAUUGGGGUGCAAAUGUUAGUGUUGUGGUCUUGUGGAGUUGUUUGGUGCAGUUUGUGCCUUGCUGAUUCUUCCUCCCUUCUAGCCGGUCUCUACCUCAGUGUGGGAUUUUUUUUUUUUUUCUUCCCUUCUCCCUCUUCUCUCCCCCCCCCCCCCCCCCCAAUAUAGAGUCCUGUAAAUCUUGGCCCACUUCUGUGCUGCACAUGUUUCACAGUAAUUUGGUAAUUUUCUCCUUGUAAUGUUUUUUAAAAGACUUGCCCUUUUUGGGUUUUUAAUUUGAUUAGCCUUUUUAUGUGUGGGUAGUUUGUGGUUUAAAAAAAAAAAAAAUGUAAAUGCUAAUGUAAACAGGGUACAUUUUUUUUUGGUUUGAAUCUCCUGAAAGCUGGCAUUCUCACCCAUGUUACAUGAAGAUAACACCUUUUUCAAUGAAAGGCAUUCAGCCAUCUUACCUGAAGUGAAUUUUGCUUUCAGAUUUCUUAAUGUUAAGUUUUUUUUGUAUUGCACCUUUUAUAUGAAAGACCACUUUAUUAAACACUGACAUUUUAUUUGAGCACCUGUGCAGCAGCAUUGUCUGGGUCAACCUGGAUACACGUAUUUUUAGGUUCUUAAUUGAAGUCAUCUGUGCAUCUUGAAAGGUUACCUGUUCUGUGUUUGCAUCUUUUUAAACAGCAGGCAUUUACUUCUGAGGGAGUGUUAAAUUUCUUAAUGCCUUGUGUAAAGUAGAAUAAUUCUUAUGAAGACUGAAAUGUUUUGUCUAUGCAAAAGUAUGUACACAAAAUAAAUGAAAUUUCACCUGUUU